UAUGACCGUAUGAUCUGAGUAAUUUUCCCUAAGUAACAAACGUUAAAGUAGAAUUUAUCUAAAUUUUUCAAAAAUAUUGAAUGGUCUAUCAUUAUCGUUUGUGCAGUGUAUAAAAUAAAACUUUUACUCAAAAUAUGAGUCAACAGGAUUCUUCUACUGAUAUCCAGGAAAUUGAAAACUCGGUACAAUCGAUAAAUAUUGUCGGGGAUAAUGAUCAAACAAAUAUUAAAACAAAUAAGUCAAAAGUUGAUAUUUUACUUAAACCAACCGGGAAUGCUCCUAUAAUGAAAAAGAAGAAAUGGUCUGUUGAUAGUGAUAAACCAAUCGCUUGGAUUACAGAAUUUAUAAAAAAAUACAUUAAAUUAGAUCCGAACGAGAAAUUGUUUUUAUACAUAAACCAAUCUUUUGCACCUUCGCCAGACCAAAUCGUUCGGAAUCUCUAUGAUUGCUAUAGUACAGAAGGUAAAUUGGUGCUUCAUUACUGCAAAACACAAGCAUGGGGAUGACGUGAUUCACCUUACAUUUUGCCAUAAUUCAAGAAGGCUUUUUUUAAAGGUACACAUAUAUUGUAAUGCAUUUACAAAUAAAUAAUUUAAAGGAAAAUUUA